AUGUCGAGCCUCGGCGUGGAUCCACUCCCAAAGACAGACUCGACCAUCACGAAUCAACGACCCUCGGCACAUACACAGCGAUACGACCGACAGCUGCGACUCUGGGCUUCGUCAGGACAGUCAUCGCUGGAAAAGUCCCGCAUUCUCGUCAUAGGAGCAUCAGCACUGUCAGCACAGAUCCUCAAGAAUCUUGUCCUUCCCGGCAUUGGUUCGUUUGUGCUGCUCGAUGAUGCCAUUGUCAAUGGUGCUGAUCUGGGCGUCAACUUCUUCUUGCAGCCUGGCGAAAGCGAGGGCAAGUCUGCGGCCGAGGAAAUGAGUCGUCUACUGAUAGAGAUGAACACCAGCGUCACUUCGGAGGCCAAGCUCGGGAGCCCGGCUUCACUCCUGCAAUCGAACCCCAGCUUCUUCGCCGGCUUCACGCUGGUCAUCUCUGUCAAUCAGUCCAGGGCCUUUGAUUUGGCCCUCUCGGAUGCUUUGUGGGCGCUGCAGCCUCCAUCACCGCAAGUGCCUCUUCUCCGGGUCCGUAGCGCUGGCAUGCUGGCAGAGAUGCACAUCAGCCUCAAGGAGCUUGGAAUCAUCGAAACACAUCCAGAUAGCGUCGUUGAUCUGCGAAUCACACGGCCCUUCCCUGAGCUGCUCGACCUUGCUCAGCAAUUCGACCUCAACACGAGCGACACGUUAGAGCACAGCCACAUUCCCUUCCCCGUCAUCCUCAUCAAGAAGCUCAUCGAGUGGCAAUCCGCUCACGAAGGCAAGCUGCCCACAUCCAAAGAUCGCGAAGCCUUCGUCAAGCUGAUCAAUGCAUCGCGCCUGGCCGGCAAUCCAGAUGCUGAGAAUUUUGACGAGGCUGUCUCAGCACUGGGCAAGCACCUGUGGCGACCUCUCGCUUCCAGUGGCGUUGGCGGGGGAGGGGUUCCUAACGAAGUGGAAGCCAUGUUCAAGGAUGUCGCCUGCAACCAUCUCACGCCAUCCUCAACCAAUUUUUGGAUCCUGGUGCGUGCACUGCGCGAAUUCGUGGCCGCAUCGCCUACACGGUCGCUUCCUCUUUCCGGAUCGGUGCCAGACAUGAAAGCCACAUCCACGGGCUACAUCAAGCUGCAAAACACCUACAGGACCAAAUCGCUGCAGGAUUUGGCGCAGUUCAAGCAGCUCGUCACCGAGACGUGCAGGUCGGCAGGCGUUGAGGGCAAGAUUGCGGAUGACGAGAUCGAGGCGUUUGUUAAGCAUGCAGGCUACCUCAAGCUGAUACGGGGACGCAGCGAAAGGCAGAAAAGUGAAGAUCCGAACCAAGAAGCCGCGAUGCUGGCCUUCCUGGAUCCAGUCAACCCCAGCACCUUUCAGCACCAUAUAGCUUUUGCGGCAGCCGACGCGUUCUUCGAGCAACAUGGGCGAUACCCGGGAGUGCCACACACCUCGUCUUCCUCGCCCACAUCCAAUACUGCUGCUGCGUCAUCUUCCUACACAGCCGCAACUAGCAUCGAGACUGAUUCAGCCUUCGAUGCACCUCGAGCAGCUAAAAGGCAAAAGUCGGAAACCCCCACGGGCGAGGUCGACUCGAGCGUGCUGGACGUCAAGAUGCGCGACGUUGCAACGCUGCAGGAUACUUCGAAAGACGAGCAAGAGCUGCUGACUCUGGCACGGAAGAUCACCACGACGAGAUUCAGCCUUGCUGAUGACGGUGACGAAUGGGACAAGAUCGAGCAGAGCGUGGGCGAGCUCGUGCGAUCGGGUGACGCCAGUCUGCCUCCUACAACAGCGCUGUUGGGCGGUGUCGUGGCGCAGGAGGCGAUCAAGCUCAUUACCAAGCAGUACAUUCCCGCGGACAACACGGUCAUCUACGACGGCAUCCAGCAGGCUAUUGGCGUAUUUAGAUUGUAA